AUUUCUAGCCAUUUAUACUACAUUCUCACCCCUGGUGUUUUGAUCACGACAGGAUUUUGCAAUGGUCGGCUUCUCGGGUCUUGUCGUCGCCGCGACAAUUGUUUUCUCUUAUGCCUGGGCGGCUCCGGCUACAUCCGGGAGCAGCGACGGGGAGAUUCAGAGCCAGCACGGCAAGAACAUCCCUGGCAAGUACAUUGUUACACUCAAGUCAGGCCUCCAUCCAGAAGCACUUGAUGGUCACCUCCAGUGGGUUCAUAAGAAGCGGGGAUUGAACAAGCGCGAGUUCCAGGGUGUUGAGAGAACUUAUGCUGGCAAAUAUGACUUCCACGGCUAUGCCGGUUCCUUUGACGCUGCUACGAUAGCUGAGAUCAAGCAAAGUCCUGAUGUUGCUCUGGUGGAAGAGGACAUGAUAUGGGAACUUGCCUCUAUUGCGCCUAGGGAGGAUGCCAUCAAAGACAAGAAAUGCCUUACGACUCAGCAUGGCGCUACAUGGGGUCUGGGAGCCGUUUCGCACCGACAUAAUGGAUCCGAAGACUACAUCUACGACACUCGGGCCGGUCAAGGCACGUACGCCUACAUCAUCGACUCAGGCAUACGCGCAACCCACCAAGAAUUUGAAGGACGGGCUAGCUUGGGGUAUACCGCAUUUCCCGGCAAGGACGUUGACACCACCGGCCACGGCACCCACGUCGCUGGCACCAUUGGCGGCAAGACAUAUGGCGUCGCCAAGAAGGCUAAUCUUAUCGCCAUCAAGAUCUUGGACAACCAGACCACGUCCACGUCCAUCAUCAUUGACGGGUUCCACUGGGCUGUCAACGACAUCAUCUCCAAGGGCCGCAGCAAGUCUGCCGUCAUCAACAUGUCCCUCUCAGGGCUAUACAGUGCGGCAGUAAACGAGGUCAUUGAGAAGGGUGCAGUCUCAGGAGUCUUGUCUGUCGUUGCCGCUGGGAAUAACGGCACGGACGCGACCUAUGUGUCUCCGGCCACGGCUCCGAGGGCAAUCACCGUUGGCGCCCUCGACAGAAACUGGUCUAUAGCCUCAUAUUCGAACUAUGGCAAGGUCCUCAAUGUCUUUGCUCCAGGCACGGAUGUUGUUUCUGCCGGGCCGCGUAGCGACACCGAUACUAAAAUCGAUUCUGGCACCUCGAUGGCAGCACCACACGUUGCGGGUCUUGUUCUUUAUGCCAUGUCUGUUCAUGGUAUUACAGAUAUAGGCCCCAUAACUAAGUACAUCACAUCUACCGCAACCAGGGGCAAGAUAACCGGCAAUCUCUGGGGCUCACCUAAUCUAAUUGCAAAUAACAAUAACUCGGCAGAGGACAAUACCUCAAGAGGGUAAUAUGCUGGUAAUAUAUGGGAUACUCGCUCUAUUUAGGUUAGUUCCAGG